AUGCAGGAUUAUGUGGCCAAUGAGAAUGCUGUAAAGAAGGGCAGUGAAAUCAGACAGAUGGGGGACAAGGCAGUCACACACCCCUUCUCAGACAUCUUGGCCCAUGACUCUCUGGGGGACUUCUUCCCUGAUGCAGAAGCCAAUACAGACAACCUGGCCAGCGAACUGGACGAAGCUGUGGGCUCCAGAGAGUGGCUGGCCCUGACCAAAUCUCCCCAGGCCUUCUAUGGUAGUCAACCCAGCUGGCAAGGGUCGCCUGGAGCAGUUCGGGGCAGCAGGGAUAUCCUGGCUGGCGUUUCCAGCAGCUGCUGCGAGUGGGGCUGUAGUAAGAGUCAAAUCAGCAGCUUGUGCUAG